AUGAAGAGUCUAGAAAUAGUCAAGCUACUUCUUAGGCAUGGAGCCUCUCCAGAUGUUCAAAUGACUAAAUAUGUUACUCCUCUGCAUCUGGCUGCUGCAGGUGGAUGGAUUGAAGGAAUACGUACUCUGGCUGAAGCCGGCGUAUUGCUCGACUCAAAGGACAGGCUGCUUCUCGAAACACCUUUCCACAAGGCGGCACGAAACUGGGAGUCGGAAGCGUGUCGUGUCUUGAUCAAAUAUGGAUCCAGUCCUUAA